GUCCUUCGGUACGCCACCAGCUGGCGGUGUGCGCUCACCACGGACGCCGAUGACAGCGCGAUCUGCAAAGCUCUCAUCGCCCGUGUCCCGGCGCCUAGAGGCCCCACCGUCGCCGCCGAACCCGCGUUACCACACGCCAGCUACGCCUUUGCGCGCCUUUGCCGCGGCUGGGGAGGAGGAACGCGGCGAGGUCUCGCCGAAGAAGCCGCCGCCAAAG